AUGUGCCUCCCCUUCUCCCCGGCCGCCGGACAGGGGUUCGACUGCGACGAAUCGCCGGCGGAGCGAGCCCUUCCUAGCCUUGGAAACCGCUUCUGCUGGCUGUACACAGCCACCACGCCCUCGCCAUCGCCGCUAGGGAGCUCCACAUGGGGGAUAGAGAGGUGCGAAGCGCAGGGCGUAGACAGGCUCACCAUGCUGACUGAUGACAUCCUAUUGUCUAUCCUGGGGAGAGUCGAUCAUGCCGUGGCAGCAAGGACCAGUGUGCUGUCGAAGCGGUGGAGGAACCUUCCUUGGUUGCUCCCUGAGCUCAACCUCCAUGUCAGGGAUUUCCUGCCUGCCCCAAGCCCGAACCCCAUUGAGGCACAGCACAUGGGUCGAGCAAUGGCUUCUCUAACCAAAUCCACCAGUAGCUUGCUGGGUAACCGCCGCAGCGACCGCACCAUCACAAGACUUUCCCUUCAGCUCUACAUGACAGGAAAUCGCUCGCGUGACAUUGGGCUGCUAGUCAGCGACGCCAUCGACAGAGAGAUGGUAAAAGAGCUGCACCUUGCCAUUAUUGAUGAGAAGGGGGCCAACGACUGCGAAAAUGAGGAUAUGCUAAGGCAGGCUCUGAGGGUAGACAGGUUUUUUAGCGUCUAUCCUAGUGUGCUGUGUUGCCUCAUGAGGCUCCAUCUGGUCAAUGCGCGCUUUGCUGAAUCGGAUUUACAUCACCUAUUGUUUGACUGCAGCAGGCAACUGCAGCACCUUAGUAUCGAUAAUUGUGACACUGGAGACUGUUCGGUAUGGCGGAUAGAUGCGCCAGAUUCAAAACUCAGAAUUCUCGAAGUCUACUUUCCCUGCUGGCAAAGACUUGAGGUGCUCUGCCUUCCAAAACUAGAGAGGCUAUCUUGGGAGGGCUGGUUUUAUUUCCAUGCCCCCUUGCUGUUUGGUUCUGUCCCAGCUCUUAAGGAAUUGUACCUCUUAAAUCCGGCAACUCCUAAUCAAAGGGGCUUUAGUUUAGCGGAGGUACUGCAUGGAACGACAAAUGUAAAUACUCUGACAUUAAACUUCGCAGGGGAAAAGCUUUGGAUACAGCCAGAAGGGAAGCAACUCCGGGAUGCAUUCAGCAAGCUCAGGAAGUUGUGUAUUCAUGGCAUCUAUGUUGAAUUUGACCUGUUCUGGACAAUGAAUCUCCUUGAAGCUGCUCCAUCUAUUGAGAUAUUUGAUGUCGAGGUAUAUGAACAUCCCUGUGAAGAUGUUACAGAAGAACGAAUAAAAACUUUCGGUGACAGAGUGAAACCUUCAUGGGAGAUGCCUCGGUUCACAAGCUCUGAUUUCUCAGUGUUGUUUCUCAAAACUGGGAUUGAAUUCAGAGUUCAAAGUUUAUGCCAUGAUGAAUAG